AUGGGUUCAUUGCAAGCACCGGUGAGGAGAAGCUCAGUGCUUCCUGAAACAUCAUGUGUUGGACAAGGUCAGUUUGAAAGGGAGAAGGUACUGCUGGAUUUGGAGCAGGAAUGUCUGGAGGUUUAUAGGAGGAAGGUUGAUGCUGCUAAUACCUCGAGAGCUCGUCUGCACCAGGAGUUGGCAGAAGCUGAGGCUGAAUUUACUCAUCUUCUUUUGUCACUUGGCGAACGGUCUCUCCCCGGACGGCCAGAAAAAAUGGUGGGAACACUGAAAGAGCAGCUAGAUUCCAUCACCCCAGCUCUGCGAGAAAUGAGACUGAGGAAAGAAGAUAGGGUGAAUAAGUUCCGAGCUGUGCAAGGGCAAAUUCAGAAGAUCUCUGCAGAAAUAGCAGGGCAGUCAGAGUAUGAAAAGUCAUCAUCAGAUGUCAGGGUGAAUGAGAACGAUCUUUCACUGAAGAAACUAGAGGAGUAUCAGACAGAGCUACAAAGACUCCACAAUGACAGGAAUGAGAGGCUCAAGCGGGUGGAAAAAUUUAUAAAUUCCAUCCAAAAGUUGUCUUCAAUAUUAGGAACAGACUCCUCUAUGGUCAUCACCAAGGUUCACCCAAGCUUGAAUGAAUUGUGUGGGAUAGCCAAGAACAUAAGCAACAGUAUUUUGGCUAAACUCAACAGCACAGUGGAAUCCCUAGAAGAAGAAAAGCAAAAGCGACUUGAAAAGCUUCACCAUCUUGGUAAAGCAUUGACAAACUUAUGGAAUUUCAUGGACACGCCCUAUAAAGAUCGUCAUCUGUUUUUCCAUGUUACCGGCUUAUUAUCAGUUUCAUCAGCAGAAGUAUCAGAUCCAGGAAGCUUAACCCAAAAAAUAAUCCAGCAGGCUGAGACUGAAGUCAAGAGACUGGAUCAAUUAAAAGUAAGUAAGACGAAAGAACUAUUUCUCAAGAAACAGAAUGAGCUCAAGGAGAUAUGCAAUAAAUCACACAUGGAGAUUCCUGUGCACGCAAAGAUGGAUAAUAUAAUUAACCUGCUGAACUCUGGGGAAAUUGACCAUGCAGAUCUUGUUAUGAGCAUGGAUCAACAGAUAUCAAGAGCAGAAGAUGAAGCUUGUAGCAGAAAGACAAUUAUGGAAAAAGUGGAAAAGUGGAUGCUAGCAUGUGAUGAAGAGCGCUGGUUGGAAGAAUAUGGAAGAGAUGAAAAUCGAUACUCAGUCAGAAGAGGUGCACACAAGAACCUCAGACGUGCAGAACGUGCUCGAGUAUUAGUCAGCAAAAUUCCAGCUUUGGUGGACUUGCUGAUGGAAAACAUCAAGAGUUGGGAAGAAGAAAGAAAGAAGACUUUCUUAUAUGAUGAGGUACCUCUCCUAGCAAUGUUGGAAGAGUAUAACGCGUUAAGGCAGGAAAAGGAGGGGGAGAGGCAAAGACAAAGGGAAAUGAAGUUCCCAGGCCAAAUAGUGCAUCAUCAGCAAGAAAAGUUGUUCCUGCCCAGUCCUAGGCGUACUUCAAACAGAAGUGUCAAUGGAGGUUUUAGCACUGCUAUGCCUCUAAACAGAAGGCUUUCUCUGGGCCUUCAGAAGCUGGGAUCAAACAGCAUAGAUUUAGGCACUCAAGGCAUAUCAAAUGAGGGUAAGAGGGCACAGAGACAAAAGAUGUUUGCAAGACCUGGUCUUGUUUCACCUGUUAGAGAUGAAACAGCUUCAGUGGUAUCAACAUUUUCCGGCCCCCUAUCUCCCUGAAAUAUUAUGUUUAAUCUGUCAGUCUUCAAGUAACACUCCAAAAACAUAGAGCGUAAGAAUGUGAGAAAGCUAGUUUUGCGGAAUGACUUAUCAGAUAAUGCAGACAAAUAAGAACAGUUACAAUUUCAGCUAAACAGCCUCUACAUGUUCCCUGUAUCUGCAGAAGUGUCCAGAGCCUCUCAAUUCUCAUAGGAACAUGCGUCUAGAACUGUAAGGCAAUUGCAAUUGUGAUUGCAAGUGCAAAUAAAUAAGUUC